AUGUCCGGCAGACUCGUUGAGAACAUUGCCAGGAUCGCAUUACCGGUGGGGAUCGCCAUCAGCGCGCUGCAGUACUCGAUGUACGAUGUUAGAGGAGGUUCCCGUGCGGUGAUCUUCGACAGACUGAGCGGUGUUCAGAAACAGGUUGUUGGAGAAGGAACCCACUUUCUUAUCCCAUGGUUGCAGAAAGCCAUUGUCUAUGAUAUCAGAACGAAACCGAAGGGGAUCGCGACCAACACUGGUACGAAGGAUCUACAGAUGGUGUCGUUAACGUUGAGAGUGCUACACAGACCAGACGUACUACAACUACCACGGAUCUACCAGAAUCUGGGCUUGGACUACGAUGAAAGAGUGCUGCCAUCGAUCGGUAACGAAGUGUUGAAGGCGAUUGUGGCACAAUUCGACGCAGCUGAGCUGAUCACGCAGAGAGAACUGGUCUCGCAGAGGAUCAGGGACGAACUGUCUCGUCGUGCCAACGAGUUCGGUAUCAGAUUGGAGGACGUUUCGAUAACACACAUGACGUUUGGUCCCGAGUUCACCAAGGCCGUGGAGCAGAAGCAGAUCGCUCAGCAGGACGCGGAAAGGGCCAAAUUCCUGGUCGAGAAAGCGGAGCAGGUGAGGAAAGCGUCCGUUAUCCGCGCAGAAGGUGAGGCAGAGUCUGCCGAGUACAUCUCGAAGGCGCUGGCCAAGGCGGGCGACGGUCUUCUGCUGAUCAGAAGGCUGGAGGCGUCCAAGGAGAUCGCGCAAACGCUGUCCGCUUCCUCAAACGUUACGUACUUGCCAGGUGACAAGAGCGGCAGCAGCGGGUCGGAGGGGACCCCUAACACGCUGCUUCUGAACAUAGGCCGCUGA